AAACAAUCUGACAAGUCAAUAUUUGCAAGAGACUGACGGUUUGUUUUUGUUGUUUUCCUGCUUGUAAUUUGUUAUUAUUUGUUAAAACAGCAGUAAAUUAAUUAGGUUUUGAAUGCUAUGUUAAGAAUUAUUUUAGUAAGUGUAUAUAUAUUUGUAAAUUCAAAGUAAAUGUGUCGUGUUGUUCUUGUUCUUCAUGGCUCGAUAGCCAUUCUGUUAUGUGCCACCUAAGAAAUAUAAUUCUCAAAAAUCGACUGUGAUUUUGUGCUUAACGACUGACCUAUAGCACACAGCAUACCCAAAUUUUAUCUGGUGCAAACAUGGACGGCAACAACGACCAGGAGAGGGAGCGACCUCAGUUAGGAGUGGAUUACAGUGCUGCGGAAGGUGACGGUGAACGAGGGAGGUACAGCGUGCUCGUUCGUUGCGCGUCGCAGUCGUCGCUGGACGAGUCGUCGCAGCGGCCGGCGGGCGGCGAGCCGGCGUACGACCCGCCCUCCGCGCACCCCGCGCGCCUGCUCGAUGCGCUGUCCCGACUGCGCCGCGACCACACGCUCUGCGAUGUCGUCAUACAGGCACAGGCCGAAGGAUCAGAGUCCCCGGGGCCGGGGGUGGCGGCCCACCGCGCCGUGCUGGCGGCCGCGUCGCCAUACUUCCUCGCCAUGUUCACGCAGUUCGACGAGCGGUCACAGCCCACCAUCACCAUACAAAAUAUUGAACCCCACGCCUUGGAAGCCAUAAUUGAGUAUAUCUACACACCUGAAUCACUUGAAAUAACUGAAGACAACGUACAAAGUCUCCUGGCGGGCGCGUCGCUGGUCCAAGUAUGGGGCGUCCGCGCCGCGUGCUGCGCCUUCUUGGCGGCCGCGCUCACUCCCGACAACGCGCUGGGGAUACGCGCCUUCGCCGACCACCACGCAUGCGCGGACCUCGCGCACGCCGCCACCAGAUACAUCGACGCGCACGCGCCCAUGGUGCUGGAGUCGGAGGAGUUUCUCGCGCUGGAUUCGGAAGUGCUCUGCCAGCUACUGGAGAGCGAUCGAAUCACGGUACCCAAUGAGGAAGUUAUCCUGGAUGCAGUGAUUCGGUGGAUGCAGCACAAUCCUGAGGAGCGUCAGUGCAAGCUGGGUGUGGUGCUGGAGCACGUGCGGCUCCCCCUGUUACCGCAACACGUGCUGCUGGCGCGAGCUGCGGCCCCGCCCCUCACCACCGCCUGCGUGCGCGUCAAGGACUUGGUGAUCGAGGCGAUGUCGUUCCACCUGGCGGGGGAGGAGGCGCGCGCGCAGACCUCCGCCGUGUGCAGGCGGGCGCGGGCCAGGGCGGGCGGCCGGCCCCACGCCCUGCUCGUGGCCGGCGGGCAGGCGCCCAAGGCCAUCCGCGAGACCGAGGUGCUGGUGCUGGGCGGCUCGGCGUGGGGCGGGUGGGGGGCGGGCGGGUGGCGGGGGGCGGCGCCGCUGCCGGCGCGCCGGUGUCGGGCGGGGCUGGCUCGUGUCAGGGACAACGUGUACGCUGUGGGCGGGUUCAACGGGUCCCUGCGCGUGCGCAGCGUGGACGUAUACAACGCGGGCGCGGACACGUGGAGCGGCGGCCCGCCCCUGUGUGCGCGGCGCUCCACGCUGGGGGUGGCGGCCCUGGGCGACGUCAUCUACGCCGUGGGCGGCUUCGACGGCGUCACCGGCCUCAGUUCAGCGGAAAUGCUAGACACUAGCUCUUCGGAGCCCGCGUGGCGUUCCAUCGCCUCCAUGUCAACGAGACGAUCCAGCGUCGGCGUCUGUAUACUGCACGGAUACUUAUACGCGGUUGGCGGAUACGACGGCGCUUCUCGCCAGUGUCUGCACACCGUUGAGAGAUACGACCCCGCCCUGGACAAGUGGGAGCCGGUGGCCCCGAUGAGCGCGCGCCGCUCGGGGGCGGGCGUGGGCGCGGUGGGCGGCGCCCUCUACGCGGUGGGCGGACACGACGGGCCCGCCGUCAGGCGAUCCGUGGAGAGGCUGCGGCCCGCCCCGCACGCGCCCGCAGAAGAAGACUGUUGGAGCCCGGCGCCGCCGAUGCACACGGCGCGCCGCAACGCCGCCGUGGCCGCGCAUCGAGGGAAGCUCAUAGUGCUGGGCGGGGACGACGGCGCCGCCAACCUCGACACCGGCGAGAUAUUUGACCCGGCGACGGAGCAGUGGACGAUGCUGAGCGAGCGCAUGUCCGUGGGGCGUUCGUACGCGGGCGUGUGCGUGGUGGAGUGGCCCGCCUGAUGCCGCGCCCCCGCGCGCCCGCCCCGCCCGCCCCCGCCCUCACUGGCGCCCGCGCCCGCGCCCCGCCCCCGCCCCCCGCACCACACAUACGCGAACGUUGGCAUGUGCGGGGCGCAGGCGGCGGGGCGCUGGCGCACGCUGCUGGCCUGCCGCCCGCGCGCCGCCUCCGCGCUGCUCGACCAGGGUGCGGUGGCGGGGCCAUCAGGGGUGGGGGCGGGCGUGGGGGCUGGAGUGGGGGUCGGCGUGGGGGCGGGGGCGUGGUGGUGGCGGGGGUGCCGCCCCUCACAGACGCUGGAGUUCAACCAGCAUACUCCGCCCGCACACGCGGCUCCGCAACAAGGCGUCAUGGGCACAAUGCCGCGAGCAUCACGCGGUCGCGGGUGGGCGGGUGCGGGCUCGGGGUCGGAGGACGCGGGGGCGGGCCCUGGGUUGGGGCCGGGCCCGGGGCUGGGCCCGGGGCCAGCUCCGGGCGUGGUGGUGCUGCACGCGCGAGCCUGUGCCUGCCACCUGCUGCCCGAAAGCUGCCGACCGAGCACAAGCCGCGACUGCUGCUCGGACGAUGAGUCGGACAUGCCCCACUCGGACGCGUACGGGGUCAUCGACGUGGCGCAGGCCAUCCGGCCCCCCCUGCCCCCCCUGGUGCUGCACCUGCCGCACCCCCCCGUGCCCCCCGGCCCCGGUCCCGGCCCCGGUCCCGGCCCCGGUCCCAGCCCCGGCCCCGCGCAGCCCGCGCCCGAGCCCCAGGAAGAACAGGAGCGAUCGCCUUCAUCCGCGUCUGAGUAAACCACUAUUGUUAUCAGACACCAUUCUUCCUGCCGACAUCCUUGUUGCUGAACACCACUUUAUGACUGUACUAUUAUAUCUCCAAAAAAAUUCAAGACCACACAUCGACGUAUAAAAACAAGUAGACUCCCAAUCGUAUAACAAAAGUGAAUCAAAAAACAUGCGAGCGGCCACUUUUUGAGCGCUAUUGUGAGUCUCCUUGUUUUUAAAGGUCAAUAAGAUAACAUCGCCUGUUCGCUGUAUCCAAAUCAAUGAAGCAGGACUGAAACGAGCAUCUGUUUCGCUUCGGUAGGUCCUCCGCAAAUGAUAUGGCAUUUCUUUAAUGUAAUUUUGAAAACGAUACCCACCAAGAUUUAUAUGAAUUUAAUCCUGAGUUGAAUUGAAAUAAUGAUAAACAUUUUAUUUAAUUUUGAUACGAUUACUGUUUUAGAUUUUAUUGUAAAUCAACGAAGACUAGCUUAGUGGUUUUUAUAAUAAGUUGUUAUCUCUUUUCCAUAAAUAUACAAAGUUAACUUUAAUUAUAAUUACUUUGAAGGACUAAAUACAACGUACUUUCUUAACAAGACUAUCAAGACGUUCGAAAAUAUUAACACUUAUGAUGUCCUUGCCGUUUAGUUAAUUAAUACUCGUACUAAUCUCAAAUCGCAACAUUGAAAAUCCUUUCUAUUAUCGCAUACACAAUUAAUAAUCAAAGCAUAUUAAUGCGUCAGAAGCAAAUCGAUUUUAAUGAGGGUUUUCUAAAAUGACGGACGCCAGGUGGCAGCACUGAGAUGAAAUGUGUACCCAUCCGUCAAAUCACGUGUAUUCUUUGGAUCAAUUUAAAUGCUUGACGAUUAAUUUGCGCCAGAAACUUCAUGCCAACGCCAACUGGCGACAUAAAUUUUACUAAACCUAAUUCGUAUGGCUUCCGCUACGAUAUUAGUUUAUUCUUUCUUAACUCUAAAAACAUGAAUAUAGCUCCACUAUUAUGUCUCACAGUUCACUAGAGGUAGACUUGUCCAUCUGUAUGUAAUGCUUGUUGUGUAAGCGUUUUGGAAAGCUAUUUGUAAAACGCGCGUUCGCAAUGACAAUCGUUUUAAUACAACAUUUUAACCCUCUUGUUAUAUGGAACGCGAUUAAUUAAUUAGUUCUGAACAUGUUUCUCGGCGAAUUCACGAUAUCACUGAGUCUGUGAACCAAAACCAUAUACAUUAUACAGUACAGUGCGACCAAAAUCUUGUGGCUCAUGACCGAAAUCGAAACUAAUUUUAAGAAGGUAUAAAUAAGCAUUUAUUUAUAGAGGAAGGUGCAAAUAAGCCUAAUAUAUGUCCUAUUAUUCUUCGACGUUGGUAAUCCUCAUUUCACCGCUUAUUCACCAGCAGCGCCUUUCUGUCAGUGUCGUAUAAGUGCCACAAGGUGUUGGUCGCACUGUUUAUAUGUUUAAAAUAUAGUCUAAAAAAAUCGAUUAUCGGUAAAGUCGGUUUACAGACGAUAGUUGAACGUGACAACGUUUUUUACAAUGUACAUAGUUUUUACAAAUAUGAAUGUGCUUUGAGCAAUUGUUUUACAACUUUUAAACAUGUGUGAUAUCAUUACCUUUAUCGCCGCAAUUAUCGUUGCUAUAAACAAUUGACACCACAUUCUCUUUUCACUAGAUUUUACUUGACGAAAACAUGUAAAUGUAUUAUUGUAUAGCAGCUGUCCACGCGGACGCAUCGCUCACUCAAGUAUGAAAGAGACAGGUUACAGACGCGGAGGCCGAUUGUGCCUCUUUGUCGAUCGUUGCGCACUCUAGCUUGCACUUCAAUCCUUAAAUAGAACGCCUCAGAGCGAGGUAAUGCCGCAUGAGUCAUGUUUUUUCGUGCGUGCAGACGGCUCCAUCGAAUUAUAAGACGUUGUCACGUCAAAAACUUGAAACUAUGUAACUUAGCUUUCUGCUAAAUGCAAUUUGAUUAAGCAAACACAUUGUUCAUACAUAGGGAAACGUGUUUUUUGUUGUGUAAAUGUUUAUCAGUGCGAUCGUGCUGUAUUAGCUGUUAUUGUUUUGUGAGUGUAAGGCGAGGAUCACACUGCGAGCGUGUCGGGCUAUACGAGUAUAUCGCUCCCAGGGUGUCCCGUGCUUAAAGCAUCAGUCUAUAAGUUGACAUUCCAUUUAGCAUUUAUAUCGCCGCCGACGGACAUCUCCACCUCAAACUGAAUCUUGCCUAUCGAAAAAAAGGGUAUUUGCUAGUUUUAGAAAACGAUUUUACGUUAUUAACUCAUGUUUAUGGAGUCCAUAAAAAGUGGAUUUUUUUCAAUUCCGUAACGUAAUUCAGUAAAAAAAGCUAAAUUAAGAAUUCAAAUUUAAAGUGGCCGCGAAAACGUUUCUCUUGACAUUAUGGUGUCUCACUAGUGUGUGACAUCACACUACGGGCAUUAUAUAUCAAACGAUAAAUUGUAAUGUCACUGGCCGGAAUUUUACUAGCGUGUGACGUCAUUUUAGUUUUGGCCUAUCCCUGGUGCUCCCGGCCACGUGACCAUGGAGCAAAAAAAUCAUUUCUAUUUAAUGAUUUUGUAGAAAAGUUAUUAAUUAUUUCAGAAAAGUGAAAUCAUUGCUGAUAUUCAUAUUUAAUACAGAUGCCAACAAUUUGUACAUUAUUUUUCAUACUGUCAAAUAGCCUAUUUAAUUAUAAAAUAGAUUAAUACACUCAUCAAAAAAAUCUAAGCAAUACGCGACUUUUACAGAAACUGUAUGUUCUGUUAAUUGAUUUUAUUUUAUUUUCUGUGCAAAGUAGGAUUGUUAUAUAAUAUUUUUGUUUCUCAGAACAUAAACAGCCGAUUUCAUAAGUAGAACGUUUUCCAUUGCGUUUAUAAUAGUAGUACAAGAGUAAAAAUCUUUCAAGUUCAGAAACCGUACAAAUGUUGGUUAGAAUUUUUUGUUGAGUAUAUAAUGUUAUUUUGUUAACAAUGACAUGACAAUGACACAAGCAAGUAGAUAUUUCCGAUUUUAUGCCGUUGACCUAGGCCAGGGGUCGGCAACAUUUUGUGUCGGAAGAGCCAAAAAUUAAAAUUUACAACGUUUCAAAGUUUCUAAAGAGCCACAAAAAGUUUCUUGCUAACAAUAAAUAGUCCUUACAGAAAUAAAGAUUUUUAAACAAAAAAUAAUAUGUUUAUUUAUUAAUUAGAAAAAAUAUCUGUUUAUUCAUGUAUAAGUAGUAUUUUUCACAUCAACUAUAUAUAUGGUAUUAUUGGGUAAUUUCUUAUUUAUGAUGGAAAACCAAUGCAAGAUUUACUUACAAUACUAACUUGUACUUCAAUAACAAAUAAUUGAGCAAACAAGUUUAAUGGGAGCGUUGGCAUAGCAUGGUUAUUGAAGUAGAAAACUUAAAGUUUAUUAAACAGUGUAACUUGUACUUACAAAAAAUGGGUGCGUGUACUUAUGUAGGCGCGUGAGAAGUUAUCCUUCUUUGGCAUCGUUUAAAAUUAGUUUUUAAUUGCAUGCAAAUAAUUAAUAACAAUAAAUUAAUAAAAAGUCUGGAAAAGGACACAGUCAAUAAAGUUCAGUUUUAAUUUGAAAAAAUAAAUAAAUAAUCAAAAUAUUUAAUUAAAAUCGCUACUGAAUAUAAUUUAUUAGAACAUAUGUGAUUUGCACUUGUAUGAAACUCAAACACGUAUUCCGAAUAUACAAACUAGAAACAUGUGGAUAAAUAUUAUAAAUAUGAAUACCUAUAACUGUUACUUUAUUACAAAAAAUAAAGAUGUGGUUUUUGGUUCUACUACACCAAUGGUCAAGAGAUGGCGCUGUAGUCUCCUGAAUCGCGCUUUGGUUCCGUUGUUCCAGAUUAAUAAAUACUUUUGAUAGGCCUUCACAAUGCAGUCGUUAGCACCUACUAAAUAGAGAUUCUAUUUCUAUUUUGUUGGUAGAUUUUCUUAAUGUGCGGUAAACUUCAUGCUGUUAAAAUUUUGUGUUACAGUGAUGCACGCGCAUCUUAAAAUUUCACUCUCAUCAUUUUUUCAUAACGCGCCUAAAGUAGUAUAACUUCAAUAAUAAAAAUACAAUAACAAACAAUUGAGCAAACGAAUACAAUGGGAACGUUGGCUUUGCAUGGUUUUAGAAAGUUCGGAUAAAUUUGGCUCAUAGCUUGUUGUUUUAAGUUUCAGACACGACUCUAAAUUUUUAUUUGUUUGUUGGCUUCUUACUUUACUUUUAAUUAUAUUCAUGCAAGAGAACGCUUGCUCGCACGAAUACGUCGAUCCGAACAUAGUCAGCACUCAAAAUGCCAACUUCUUCUUUCUACUUACCUCACCGUAGCAAUCUGGAAGACAAUUCGAAUUGCGUCGAAUAUAAGUGCCUCAGCUCGUGGCAUUUCUUUUAAAGCUAUCCACUUUUGUUGCGUUGUGCACAUACAUUUUUGGACUCCAACUCUUUCAACUUGCUUUUCAACUCAUUUAAUCAACAACUCACGUUAAUUAUCUACCCCACAAAGCUUUACUUUUUAAAUCGUUUAAAUGCAUUUAUAGAGUUCCAGUAUCAACUUCAAAUGGAUCAAUGUGGAUUUCGUUACUUUUUGGGUUGAGAGGAUCCACUAUGAAUGCUAGAGUGCUUUUGUUAGUUUUGAAUUGUUGAAAUCUGUCAGCAAAUUCAUCUUUAAUUGUUUUGUAACUGUGCUGAAAUAAUUCGUGUCAACAGUUGCACUGGUUUUAUUGCGAUAUUGCUUUAGAAUUUAAAAAUGAAGUAAUUUACCGAUCUGAAUAUCUUCUGCAUAGAUCAAUUUUUCUUUGAAACAAACCAGCUCCUCCACGAAAACAUAGGCCAUUUGUCGAUCUCUAAUUCAGGGUGAUUAAUGCCUUUUUUUAAUGAGAAAGGUAUUUAUUUCAUGCAAGCACAAAGCAAAAUGUUUCAACACCUUACCUUUGGAAAGCCAUCGCACUUUAUUGUGAAGAAGGAGGUCGGAAUACUGAGUCCCCAUUUCGUUUAAGAAUUCUUUAAGCAUUUAACAGCUAGAUGUUUAAAUCUAGAAAAGAUUUACUUGAAAAAAAUCCACGCGGACCAGGCAGCGGACGGGACUCGAACCCGCACCCUCCGCAAUCCGGGCGAAUGCACUGCUCAAUUAUGCUACCACGGCCCUGAUGGCCGCGUCGAAAGUUUUUCUAGUAAAACUUUUCUUUAGAUUUAAACAUCUAGCAGUUAAACUGUCGAUGGUAGAGUCCUUUUGACAAGAUGCUGUUAACAAUCUUGAUUACCAAAUAAAAUUAAUUGUUCGUAGAUUCAAAACGAUUUCGAAAUGUUUUUUUGUAAAAUAAAUAUUAUUUGCGAAUGGAACUAAAGAGCCACAGCUUCACAUCCAAAGAGCCGCAGCUUGCCGACGCCUGACCUAGGUAACUCAAAUACAAAAAUUUAUAAGACGCACUUUGGUAUAUUAAGUUGUUAUUUUUUUUAAAUAUACUGUUACGUUAGCAGAACACAAAAAUCUUCUAUAACUUAUCUACUUGACUGUAACAUCACUAUUGGCCUAGUUUUGCUAUAAUUUUAAUCACGACUCACGAAAAAAACUUUAAAGUUGAAUUCUUAAAAGGUCUUUUGAAUCGUCCUUAAUAUAUUUUUCCAAUUCAUAGAAUUUUGAUAUACAUUAUCGCCAUCGGUAACAAGGUGUGUCGUGUCGUAGCGUUGAUGUAAGUGUCGGCGUCCGCGGCGGAUUGUGAUACUUUCCUAGAUUAAGAAUAAGUCGUGUUAAACUCUCUAACGGCACUUUAUCUCACUACAUUUGUAUUGCGAUGGGCCUUCGUAACGCUCUCGUCUAAAAUUCCCUCAAUGUUUGUUAAAUAUAAGUAGGUGAGGAUUAACUUCUAAGCAUCGCCAAAUUAUUUCAGAUCGACGACGGGGGGAGAGGUCUCAAUUUUGUGGUAAAACUUUCAAUUGUUACUAGUGUAGUGCGUGUGAUUCUGUUGUGCACUCUUUAAAUUUAAUUUUAGGCGAAAAUUACUGAAUGUCAUGGAUAAAUCUGAUGAGAGGAUAAUAUAUAUGGUUAGGGAAUCUUAUCAGGGGCGUAUUUACCCUAGGGCCAAGAGUGCAGUGGCCCAGGGGGGCUGAAGCCGUAUAAAGGCAUUCUGUACUGACCUAUAUUUUGAUUUACUAAUUUUAGGGGGAAGGAUGGGGGGGAGGUCAAAUAGUAAGUGGCCCGGGGCGCCAUAUUUUAAAAUACGCCUCUGAUCAUAAUAACAUUAAUUUUCCUAGUAACAUAGCUAAUUAUUUGCUCAUAAUUUAUCGAGUGUUACAACGCAGCGCAGUCACGCCGCGCGGAUUGAAGGCAGCGGCGCGUGCCGUACCGUUACUUAUAACUUGUGAUCGUAGGUACCUAUCUUUGUAUGAUUAUUAUUUUUCUAUUGUUAAAUACUUGCGUAGUCUAGUUAGAAUCUUAUUACAUUAAUUAUUAUUAUUAGACGUCGGAUCCUUCUAUUGUCGUCUUUACGAGUCAUUGUAGCCAAAUGAAUAAACAUAGACGAGGUAUUUCCUAAUUUGUAGUUUCAUUUUUUGUGGAGGUGUGAGGUGGAGUGAACAUUGUCUUCGCCCGUCAAUCUGCACAAGGCUCUAACAGGUGUACGUAUCUGUUUCAGAAGGACAUGGUAAGUGUGAUUGUAAUCUACCAUGUGAUAUAUCAUAUCGUUUGCUAGGUCCAUCUUUUUAUUAUCUUUAGCACUUUCAACAAUACACUCUUUGUUCAGACACAAAUACACGCGCACACACACGUACAGUCACAGACUCAUACAUCCACAUACAAGCAUGCAUAAGCACAGACAAACAUAUCGACUUAAAGAAAUAUUGUAAAAAAAAAAGAAAAUUUUUUUUUUGCUACUUUUUAGAAUUCAUUAUUAUUAAAAUAUUAAGGUUAUCAAUAAUUCAACGUACCAUGUCUUUUAGCACGGAGAGCGGGAAUUUCUAAUACAAGUAUAUAUUUACUUAAAAGAAAUUCCCAAUCGCAAUACUGUAUCGGAAAUUAUUGUAUCAAAUAAAGAAUUUGUAUUUGUAUCUUAUAUUUAUCAACGAGUGCGGAGCAUAUAACGCACUGCUUUAUAAAUUAACCAGGCAAAGAAGCCUUAAAUAGAGCAUUGUUUACAUGGACACGGUGCACAAGGAAGCGGUGCGUAUCAGGAUUGUCCAAAUUAUUUGGCUACAUAUAUGACGCGAUCACACAAGGGCGUCCUAUUAGCAGACACACUAACCGACGGCGCACGCGCAUCCAAUGUACGGUAUUCAGUAUUAUGCACGCAGCGACACCGCACUAACCAAAUAAGUACGACUGGGAGGUCAUCCAUACUUAACGUGGCUGUAGUCGCUAACUGUUGCCUAAUAACGAUUGUGUUACUGAACGAGGUCUGUUAGCACUGCGCGAAUAACCAAUUUUAUUUGAUCAUGGUCAUCCAUCAAUUAUAUCUUAUGAUUAUUUCAAGGCUCUGUAGAAAACACUUAGUUUGCAGGACUGCACGGGGUAGGGGUUGGGGUCAGGGUAGACAACGGUGCGAGUCAUAUUGUUUGUGGUGUCCAGGGCC